UGUCCUUCCUCCAUCCCAGUUGCUGAAACAAGGCUGCGCAGAGCAAACACCGGCACAGGCUGCAUGGAUGGAAACCGUGUUUGAUGUCUUCGUGAUGACAACACAGCUGCUUUUACGCAGCUUGAUAUCAUUACUGCUUUUGGGAGGAUUAUUGGCAGUUGGUGUAAAAGUUCUGGGUUGACAGAAGCCUGGGAAAACAAAUUCAACUGUAUUUUUAACGUCUAGAAUCUUUAAAAUCCCUUAGAUUCUAUUAUUUUAUUGUAUCUUUUAGAUGCUGUUUGCACAUUAUUUUAUUUCACUCAGGCUGUUGUUGCUGACACUGUGCUUGACUGGGAAUGCCAAAGCCUUGGUGUUCAGUGAGCGAGAAUUUUGCCUUCAACCAUGAGUGGAAAACUUUCCCGGCUCUGGAAAACCCUUGACAAAAAGAAGAGUGAAGGCAAACUGAUCUUACCCAGGCAACUGGAUGAUGAAGAUGAAAUUGCCAGUUACGCCAGCAUCAAUGACUCCGCUGUGUCCUGUGUGGGCCCCGCACGUCAAAGCUGUGUCAACUGUCCAACGUGUCAGGGAACGGGAAGGAUCCCCAGGGAGCAGGAAGAGCAGCUGGUGGCUCUAAUUCCAUAUGGUGACCAGAGGCUGAAGCCCAGACAAACGAAAUUCUACGUAUGUCUUGCUGUGACGAUCUGCCUGCUGACAACAUCUCUCAGUAUUUUCUUCCUGUUUCCUCGUGGCGCUACUGUGCUGCCGGCAGGGCUGAGUGCCUCCUCCGUUAGCUUUGAUGCCACCACAACCAGUAUAGACCUCAACAUGACGAACGUGCUGAACGUAACUAAUAACAACUUCUGCGGAGUCACAGUGGUGCAGCUGGAGGCAGAGGUUUUGCACCAGUCCCUGGUGGUGGGGAAAGCCACCACGACAACCCUGCUGAGUAUGAGCCCUUUGCAGAGCAGCCAGAUCUAUUACACGGUGACCGGUAAGAUAGUGGAUGACACCACCUAUAAGAUUUGCACCUGGAUGAAAGUCAAAGUUCACAACAUUCUGCUGCACAUCGAGGGGACCAUAAUGUACACAUACCUGAGCCUUUCCGAGCAAGUGAUAUUUGAAGACUACCAGUACGUAGACUGCCGGGGGAAUGCCACGCUGCCUCAGCCGCUGCGUCAGCGCCCACCGUGACACGGACAGGGUGCAGAGCUUUGUGGGUGCAGCGCAUCCUACCGCAAAGGCAAGUCAGGGCGAGACAAGCUUCUGGGGUGGCUUCCCAAUCUGUGCCUUAAACGGGAGGUUCUGUGUUUCUUGGAUAACGCUUCCAUCCCUCACGCAAAGAUGACGACGUGCUUGGCCUUAAGAAUGUGGACUCUGCCGCCCUGAGAUUGCAGCUUUCCUUUUUCAGUGCCUUAUCACAGCUGAUGCUUCAGCAGAGUGACCGGCACACAGGGUGUCUCUGCCUGGCGGAUGGGAAUGGGAACGCUCUGUUUCACUGCUGUUUUGGAUGAAGCACCCUAUUAAUCAGACUAACUCAAAUCGUUUCCAUCUUGCUUAACUUUUGCCGUUCUGUCCUGAAUUUAAGUAUUUUAUCACUUGGAAAAAGAAGGACUGUGAUGAGCCUUUUUGCCUGGAUUGCAUCUAUGCCACACCAGAAUGUAACGGCACUUUCACAGCCUGCCCAGCAAGAGGAAGAAACAGCGAUGAUGUCUUGCUUAUCUGAGCUUUAAGAAAAACUGCUGCGUGUAGUGCCAAAAAAUGUUGUGAGAGAGACUCGGGGGUGACCGUUGUUUUACACUGCCCUGUAUAGAGUGAGAAUAUUGCAUCUAGGGGAGAGGAGGGGAGACCUUCUCACUCUAACACGCCCUGAAAGGAGGUUGUAGUGACGUGGGUGCUGGUCUGUUCUCCCAAGUAACAAGUGAUAGGAUGAGAAAAAAUGGCCUCGAGUUGUGCCAGGGGAGGUUUAGACUGGAUAUUAGGAAAAAAUUC